AUGCAGCAGCAGCAGCAUCAGCAGCAGCGCCGACCAAGGCAGUGGGGUGGGCCUAACCGCCCCGGGGGGCGGAGGAGGUCGCAGUCACUCCUGGAGACACUCAACAGUCGAAGCACCAGCGGGAGGCCUAGGGGUGUCGAGCUGUGGGCGGAGGACGAGAGCGUCUUCCGCCAGCAGCUGGAGUAUCUGGACCUGGCGGCUGCCUGUGCUGGUUCGGGGCCAUCGCGGUCGACCAUUGCCGUGGCUUUCAGCACCGACGGAAAGCUGUUCGCGUCGACACACGGCGACCACACGGUGAAGAUUACGGACUUUUUUCGGGGGAGGGUGGUUCAGUCCCUGCAAGGGCACCCCAGAACUCCGUGGACGGUCAAGUUCCAUCCCAAGGACGCCAGGAUCGUGGCCUCCGGUUGCAUCGGAUCCGAGGUGAGGGUGUGGAACGCCUCGACGGGGCGUUGCCUGCACAGCGUGACCCUGGAGGCUGCCAUCAUAUCCUUGAGCUUUCACCCUUCCGGCAAGAUGCUCGCCAUAGCCAGCAGCCUCUACGUCUACCUGUGGGACUACAACAGCAAGGCGCGCCCGUUCAUCGCAUGGGCCCACUCGCACACUCUGCGCUGCGUGCGUUUUACUCCCGGCGGGGACGGCAUCAUCGUCGGUGCUGCUAACAGCAGCUCAAGCUCCAGUUCCCCUUCGUCUCAACAAAGCCAGGUCACGGUCUGGGACUUUAGUCUCGAGGCAGCUUUUGCGGAGGAUGUCUCCGCGGCGAUGACCAGGGAACGCGUGCUUCUGAGCCGAGCCCUGCUUUACAACGACGGGGGGUUCGAUGUGUCCGAGGACGGCCUCUGGCUGUGCACGAUCGCCGAGCUAGGGGAGAGGGUUGUCGCGAGCGACCGACGUUCUCUCCCUGCCGGUCCGAGCCUGGCUUCGGAGCAGUCGAUCCCUUCGUUGGCAUCGCCCACGGGGGCCGCGGCGACGGCGUCACCGAUGUCGACGUUGACGGAGGUGGAGGAGGAGGAAGCGGGCCGUGAAGGGGAGGCCGUGGAGAAAGGUUCGGCGGCGGCGCGGGGGGGUAAGCGUAAGGGACGAGCAACGACGGAGCCUCCGGGCGGUGCGCUAGGGAGUAAGAAGGGCAGCGGCAAUGGCGUAGGGGAUACCGUCGCACCCAAGAACGGGUCGAACCUGGGCAGGCCGUGCCACGCGGUGCCUGCGUUGGUAACAACGACGGGCAGGGUCGCCCGCACCGAGAGCUUGACCGGGUCAACGUCUGCGGUAGCAGCACCGGCGGCCGCAGGAGCGGGGAGUGGUUCUGGCGGAGGCACGGGGCCGGCGGCGCCAGCUCGACCGGAGUCGUGGGGACAACAACGGGAGGCACGUGCCGGCAAGAAGAGCGACAUCAUCGUCAUCAUAAACAGCAAGAAGGGCAGGGGUGGUUAUGGCAGUGAGGAGGAGCGGCAUCACGGCGAUGGUGGUGACAGCGUCAGAGUAGAGGGGGGGGCGGCGGGGUGGAGACGGGAUUCCCCAGACAACAACAACAACAGCAACAAUGCCAGCAGCAGCAGCAGCAGCAGCAGCAGCGGCAGCAGCAGCAGCAGCGGCGGGGUUCAUUCUUCUUCCUUUCGUAGGCGUUGUCGCGCGUCGCCGUCGCUGGCGGUGGAGUCGCAGCCUCCCCGGAAGCUCGUGCCGCACCUCGUGAUGGUGUCGCUCAACGUGGAGGGAGGGAGAGGAGGAGGAGGAGGAGGAGGAGCGGAGAGAGGGAGCGUAGCCCGGGUGGUGCGCGCGGAGCCGAUGGACACCCUCAACGCCAAGCAGGUCACGUCGGUGAAACUGUCGCCGUCUGCGCGGUACAUCCUACUCGGCGUGGGGGUGCGCAACGGCGGUCUAGGGGGCGGCGGCGGCGGCGGCGGCGGUGGGAGGGCUACCCGACAAACGAGACAACAACAACAAGAACGACAGGCGGCCGCUGUUCCUGACCGGCGAGGCAAUGCGCCGGACGCCCCAGCCAUCCCUCUCCCGUCGCAACGCGCUCUAUCUUCCAUCUACCGCUCCGUCGACCUCCAACCAGUGAACUCGAUGCCUAUGCCCACGGGCGAGGAGGACGUGAACAUCGCCUGCUUUCACCCGGAGCCGGGGAUGGGGUGCGUGUACGGCACCAAGCAAGGGAGGGUCGGCCUCGUCAGGAUGUCGGCCGAUUGACCUCGAGCGGGCGGCGAUAUCGGCGG